UUGAUAGACUUAUCAUAUUAUGAAGUUUUACAUCCUUAUUUUAAAUAUUUUUGCAUGUUUUUUAUCAACAAAUUCCGAGAUAUCAGUUUUGGAUAGUGGAACAGCUCCAAUAGAAGAAGACGAUAUUGUUAUGGUAUUUUUUGCAACAGUGAAAAACAUUUGCCAAGACGAUUUAGAACUGUCCGUCAGUAUGGCCCAAUGUUGUGAAACAAUGAGCUCUGGAGAGACAGACUGCAGCUCUAUGACUCUAAUCGGAGGUGAUAUGGGAACUUUAUCGUCCGGUUAUACUAAAAAUUUAACCUUAUUAUACCCGAACAUAUAUUUAUAUAAUAGAAGAGGGGUAUGCACUGUAUUAAUCACCUACCGUAAUCAGUUUAAGAAAAAGGAAAUCACUACAGAUAUCUCGUUUGAUACUAGAAAAGAUUGCGCAUCCACACAUAAAGAGACUUGUUUCACGUUUGACUUGGAUUAUAAACAAAACUGCAAUCCUGUAGACUGCUUAAUAAAAUAUUCGGGAGGGGCUAGCUAUUUCAGCUCGGAUUAUAAUCUUUGUCAGAAAGUACCAAUGUGCAUCUCAAAAUCUAAUGGAGAAUUUCCCGAAAAAGCGUAUUCUCCUUAUAGUAACGAAUGCAUAGAUUUAAAUAAUUCUAUUUCGAAAAAUGAUUUAGAAGAAAUAGGCACUACCAGAUCAUUACUAGGAAAUCAAAUGACGAUAGUAAAUGCCAUUUGUCAUUAUGGAAGUGUUACAGAAAAUGGAGAUUGUGUAUGUCGUGAUGGAUGGACUACUGAUACUAGCGAUGAAGGUAUGUAUGAACCAAAUGUGUCCCAACGUCACCUGUGUAACAUCGAACAGGGGGACUGGAACUCAGUAAACAAAAAGAGAGUUCGAAUAACAACCAUAUUGAUAGCAAUAUUUGCAAUAACGAUAAUAUCCAAAGUCUUGUUAUUAAUGUGCGUAAUGACAUGGUGCUACAAGCAUUUCAAAGCACCCGAAAAAAUGUGCGGUAGACAACUGGAUCCAGAUGAUAAAAAUCUUGUAUUAUGCGAAGAUAUAGAGACGUUUAGUAAGUGCGCAUGUUGCAACACAGAGGAAAAUAUAGAAGCUGAACCUACACCAUCGAAUAAACCGUCAAGGAAACUUCACUCGCAAACUGUCAACGUCAGCUACUAUUCCUGUUCGCCCAGUGCAUUCUCGUCCAAUAAAUCUACCGCAUCAUCCAGGAUCAGCUGUAAUACAGAUCAAAGCAUAGAACUGAAUAACACCACCAGUUCGGCUAGUAUUUCGUUUCCUCAAGGUGAGGAAAGUGAGGAGAGCGAAGAAAUUUGCUUUGGAGGAGACGGAAACAGUGAGGAUAUUGCUUAUGGGGUUUAUUGCAGUAUGGAUGAGGUCAGUGGUGAAGAAAUAGAAAUCGAAUCGGGAGAGGAAGAGAACGAAAAUGAAGAAGUAAAGAGAGAAUAAUUUUUAGAACGUAGCAUAAUGGAUGAAUAUAGUAACUAAAUAAUAUACAGGGUGAGUCUUAAAUAAGUGCAAAUAUUUUCAGGGCUGGUAGAUCUCGAUAAAAAAAACAUAUUUUCUCUUUACCGUUUUUCAAAUAAGUCCUAAA